UUACUUUUGACUAACAUAAUUACAAUCACUUUACUAUUAUUUAUCGUAAUGAUGGGAAAAAGAUUAAGUAGUUAUAUGAUAAUAGUUUUGCAUGAUUAAUAAUAAUUAUUAUAAAUAUGUGUAUUUGUUUCAUAUAAUUGCUGAUUAUCUACUAUCUCUACAAAUAAGUUAAAAAUGCACGAACUAUUCAACUAAUUUUUAUGUUUUUUCGUAUUUUUGAAGUAAAAAACAAAUAACAAAUUCAAAAUACAUUCACAUAAUCUCUAAAAUUCUUUAGAAGUAAAAAAAAAAAUAAUUGAAAAAUACAUGUAUUGAUUAGGUUUAGGACCACGUUACCAUAUUUAGUAAACAUUUAAUAGUAGUGCACAUCUUUGCACGCACGGCGCACGCAGAGAGAGAGAGAGGGCGAGCCUCGGUGUGGCAAGCUUCUUCUCCAAGCUCCGCCUUCGUCUUCUCGGUCCUUUCCUGCACGCCUUCUUCCUAAAAGCUCACGCCUAUUGAUCACCCGCCAUGGCCGAGUGCGAACGCCCAGACCCCGUCGCUGGCAGCUUCCGCCUUUGGCCUGCAUUCUCUCCUGCAGCCCUCCGCCGCCGGUUCCUCGAUGCGAUCGCCUGCGGUGCCCGCGGCCGUCGUAAGGUCUGUGGAGGCGUCGACGCUGCGGAGCCCCGACCUAUUGGUCCCCGUCCUGGAUGGUCGGACCGGCUCGCUGAGCUGCUGCAGGAGGAGGCCGCCGAUUCCGUCGCCGUCUAUGCCACCGAAGACGCGGCGCGAGGAAAGAUCGUCGACGCUGCCGAGCCCCGACCUAUCGGUUCGCGUCCCAGAGGCUCGGAGCGGCUCGCUGAGCUGCUGCAUGAAGAGGCCGCCGAUUCCGUCGCCGUCGAUGUCGCCGAAGACGCGGCGGGAAGACAGAUCACAUCUUUGGAGGAGCUACAGCGCGUGGUGACCCUGAUGCAGCUCGAAGGCUGGAAUGCUAGCAAGGCUCGCAGAAUGGCGGCCGCGACGGAUGUGCGCAGACUCGCCAAGGAUAACCCCGAGGCCAGGGAGAUGCUCGCUUUGCUUGGGGCGAUCCCUCCGUUGGUCGCAAUGCUGGACUCCGAGGAGCCUGACGGCCAGAUCGCCGCGCUAUACGCGCUUCUCAAUCUAGGGAUUGGAAGCGAGUUGAACAAGGCGUCGAUCGUGAAGGCCGGCGCAGUUCACAAGAUGCUACGCUUGAUCGAGUCCGGGAGCUCUUUGGCGGUCUCCGAAGCUAUCGUCGCCAAUUUCCUCGGCCUCAGCGCGUUCGACUCCAACAAGCCGCUCAUCGGCGCCUCUGGCGCGAUCCCCUUCUUGUUAUCCACCUUCCAAAACCCUGACACAAGCCCCACUGCAAGGCAAGAUGCCCUCCGCGCGCUCUUCAACCUCUCCAUCGCCUUCUCCAAUCUUCCCCUCCUCAUCGACGCCGGCACCGUCCCCUCUCUCCUGGCUUCUAUCGGGGACAUGGCCGUGAGCGAACGAUCCCUCGCGGUGCUCUCCAACCUCGUUGCCUACGUAGAGGGGCGCCGCGCCUUGAGCCGCUCCCCUGACGCCUUCGCCAUCCUCGUCGACGUCCUCGGGUGGUGCGACGCCGCCGCAUGCCAGGAGAUCGCGGUGUACGUGCUGAUGGUGAUGGCCCACAAAGGGCACAGCGACCGGGCUGCAAUGGUCGCCGCCGGGGCCGUCUCUGCCCUCUUGGAGGUCGCUCUCUUGGGCACUCUGCUCUCCCAGAAGCGCGCCUCCCGUCUUCUGGAAAUUCUGACGGGCGACAAAGGCAAAGGAGUGUCGAACAUCGCUUCCAGUUCGGUCACGUUGGCAGUGUCGGCGCCACUGUCCGGGCGUGCGGCUCCGAUAGCACCAGCGACAGAAGGGAUGAGCGAGGAGAGGAAAGCUGUGAAGGAAUUAGUGCAGCAGAGCUUGCAAAGCAACAUGCGAAGGAUCAUCCGGCGAGCGAAAUUGCUGCCGGACUUCACGCCGUCGGAUCGGUUCAAGAAGCUCACUAUCACCUCGACGUCCAAAAGCUUGCCUUUCUAAAAUGAUGAAGAGAAGGAGGAAGACGAAGUAGGUUAUUCAAGAUGUACUCGAAGCAAUCCUCCACCGUUUUGUCUCGUACAUGGAUUACAAUUUGUAAAGCUUUAAAAAAGGUUAGCUAGUCACCUGUUCUUUGUUUGUUUGUGUGUCUCUAGGAAUAAUGCGGUUUGCGUUUUGUCAAUAGCUGUGGCUUCUAGUGGUCAAAGGCAUGGAGUUUAUGUAGCAUGGUUUUGGACUUCUCCUGUGAAUCACUCAGAAGGCACACCUUCAGAA